GUUAAUAAAUUUAAGUAUAAACAUAAUAUUAUGAAUUCAGAAUAACAGUAUAAAGUUUUAAUGAAAAAAAAUGUUGAGAACAACCUUUUCAAAAAUCAAAAGGGUCUGCAGCGUUGCCCUUAUCCCUCGAAUUUUUCAAGAGGACGUGAAAUAUGCAGCUCAGAAGAAAUUUACAAAACAUUCUAUGAUCACGUCCCACGCAACAAAAACUACAAGUUCAAAUUCUGGAGCAACGGAUAACAAUAACUUUCACGGCGGCGAUAAAAAACCCGAAGAUAAUGUACAAAAAUCGACUGAAAACCUCGCAGAAGAUCGAGAAAAAUGUGAUCGCGUUAUUAGCAAGAUUUUUCCACCAGGAGACCCACUAUAUGCAACUCCCACUGAUAAAGAAGUACUAGAACAGAAAAUUGAACAUAUAAAAGAAGUAGAAGACGGAGUUCCUAUAACAUUUAAAGAACAAAAAGAAUCGGACGCAACCAACUUAUAUUAUGACUCCGAACCAAAUAACUAUGAUACUAGAUAUGAUGGGAUUGCGGAUAAAUGUCUGCAAACACCACCUAAGAAGGUAGAUGAACAACUUUUAAGAGAAUUAGGGGUUGAUCAUAUUCCAGAAAAUAUAGAUUUUUACCCACAAAGACCUAAGCAAAGUUAUUACAGCGAAGUUUUAUAUGGGAAACCACAAGUGGUCCGCUAUACCAAUGAAACACCUAAAACAAAUGAACUGCAAAAAGUAAACUCCUUAAGUGAUUUAGAGGUAGAUAGAUCAUUUAAAGCAGAAUUAAUACAGCCCCUUAUUUUUGAUUCAAUUUCUUUAUGUGAAAGUGUAGGCAAAGGUAGCGAAGCCGAUAAUUUUGAUGCACUCGAAGACACUCAACUAACGCCUGUAAUAUUAAAUCCAUAUGCAAGUCAGUCAUUUCCAUUUCAUGACUAUGCAAUCAAAGAUAUCUUGCUUGAAAAUACUGUUGAAGAGGAAUCUAUGACAGUAACAACAGGGAUUGAUGAUGUUAGUAAUAACAAUUUGAUACCACCCAAUGAGAUGGAUAUAGAAAGUGACGAGCGGAAUGUUAGGGAAAAAGUAGAGGGUGCUAUUUCUGGUUUGGCAAUACCUGGUGAAUCGACAUCAAUCGAAACUCAACCUAUUACAACCAUGGUAGAAAAAGAAUUUGAUAUUCUUUAUACCCAGCCCACUUCAGGACCACCAGACGGGCCGGGAACGUUACAUCGACAACCAGAAAAGGUUGUAAAACAAAGUACGUCAAUUUCAUCCAAAAGUAAAGAAGAAAAACCACCAAACACAAAAAACACGUCUAUUUCAGAUAACCAAGAUCCAAAUGAUUCUGACAAUAUAAACAGAAUUUCCGGGGUUCAUGAACGACCAGACUUUUUAUUAAAUAUGCAAGCUAAUGUUUUUGCAGACAACGCGUCAAUUACAGAAGACUUAAAGGAGCCAAUUUUUGCAAGAAAAACUAUAGUUUCUUAUAUAGAAGGCUCAUAUAAGAAACCAAUAAUUGAAAUUAAAAUCCCAGUUUAUAAUAAAAAAACUGAGCAAUCAAUUGAAGAAGCAACGGUACAUUUUAAGGAAACUGAUGAUAACUCAGUGGAACAGAAUACAGCUUCUUACGUUCGAGAACAUUCUAAUGUAUCAGCAUCUUGUGGACGGGGUCCAGCUAAAACACCUAAAAUGCAAAAGUAUUCAAACUUAGAAAGAACUGUAUCACAUAUCGAAGUGACUGAAAAAAUGCCUAUUACAGAAAAUACACCAGUUCUAAAUGUGAGAUUAAAACCCGAAUAUGAGGGUUUGCUAAAGGACAAAAAAGGAGUUCACCAAACUGAGGCCGCCAAUUGCAAUCUUGACCCCAAUUUAACUGCAACUGGACCUAUACCAAAUAUGGUUGAGAAGGAAACUGUAACACUAAAAGAGCUGUUACGUAGGAUUAGAGAGAGACAUCGCCUGGAAUUGUGUCGGGAAUAUUACAAUCGACUGACCAACAUGAAUAUGACAGAAGCAUGCAGCAAGCCAGGAACUCUUGGACCAAAUCCAUGCAAAGGAAAAGAUAAGUCGCCUUGUCCGCCACCGCCCAAAUGUCCUUCAACAACAAAAAAAGACCCAUGUGCCGCCAAAGACGACCCUUGCGCCCCAAAAAAGAAAGACCCUUGCGCGCCCAAAAAAAAGGACCCUUGCCAACAGAAAGAUCCUUGCGCAAAGUUUUUAAAUUCCAAAAUAUACGACACAUUAUCUCUGUUUCGUAUAUAUAUCCUACCUGACUUCCGAAAUGUUAACUUCCAAUAUCGCCAGUAUAGUUCACAAGUUCUAUCAACGAGAGCAUUGCAAAUUCGUGCCCUGAACACUCCUGUACUGAACGUUGGCACCGACACUGUGAAGGAUGUAGUCCUUGCUCGGGAUUACGAGCCUUGGGUCCCUAUACCAUCCUGGCCUAUACCGAAAAAGGAAAAGAGGCGACCUUUCGUCUGUCCUAAAGACGGCUGCAAAUUGCUUCCCUCUCCCCCGUUUGAUCCAGCAUUUAAAGAUAAACCGUGUGUAUCGUUUCCGAAGAAGAAAUUUUCUCUCUCCGAAUUAUUUGAACAUCCAGUCGUUACUAGCAAGGAUAGCUGAAGAAUCGAUAGUUUUUAUUAUCUUACAUCUUUUACCCAAUUUUUAUUUUACCUGACUUAAUGCGCUGUUUUUUACGUAAUAUUUAAUAAUCUCCGUUUUGAAGACUAUCGAUGCGUCAAAAUUUAUUUUGUAACUAC